AAAUAUAAUCUUCCGGACUUGCCCUUCUCCCUCAGUUAUCUCUGAGAGCAAAAAUGGAGUCGGAGGUCCAAAAGCCGCCGGCGCUCGCCGUUGUCUCUCAGGGCACUGAAAUCAAGCUCCCAUCAAGGUCAAGGCCGCCGCCGAAGCGAUUUGUGAAGAACCAAAUCCCCGAUUCGAUACUCAACGAUCCGGCCUUGAACGCCGCGAUCUCCCUCCUUCCCUCCAACUACAACUUCGAGGUCCACAAGUGCGUAUGGCGGAUCCUAUCCACCGGCGCCUCCCGCGUCGCCCUCCAGCUCCCCGAGGGCCUUCUCAUGUAUUCCCUCAUCCUCUCCGAUAUCCUCACCACUUUCGGUAACGCUUCUCACUGCUUCGUUCUCGGCGACGUCACUUACGGCGCCUGCUGCGUCGAUGACCUCUCCGCCGCCGCCCUCCGCGCCGACCUCCUCAUCCAUUACGGCCACAGCUGCCUCAUCCCUAUCGACUCCACUACCAUUCCCUGCCUCUACGUUUUCGUCGACAUUGCCAUUGAUGUUCCUCGUCUAGUCAACACUGUUCGUCUUAAUGUUGAUGGUUUUGAUUCCACCAACCUCGUGCUCGCCGGAACGAUUCAGUUCGCCUCUGCCAUUAGAGUUGCCAAGGUGGAGCUCGAGAGGCAUGGCUUCCGGGUCUUAAUACCCCAGUCCAGGCCAUUGUCUGCUGGAGAGGUUCUGGGCUGCACGGCUCCUAAAAUUUUCUCAUCUGCUUUCGGCAAUAGCGGGGAGACUGUUGCGAUUUUUGUUGCCGAUGGGAGGUUCCAUUUGGAAGCUUUCAUGAUAGCGAACCCCGGGAUGAGGGUUUUCCGGUAUGAUCCAUACGUUGGUAAGUUGUUGCUUGAGGAGUAUGAUCAUGAAGGGAUGAAGGCCUCGAGAAAAGGCGCGGUUCUGAAGGCGAGGGAAGCAAGAAAUUGGGGCAUUGUGCUGGGGACCUUGGGAAGGCAAGGGAACCCCAAAAUUUUAGAGAGACUGGAGGAGAAGAUGAAGUCUAAAGGAUUUAAUUAUACUGUUGUCUUGAUGUCUGAGAUCAGUCCUUAUAGAGUAGCUUUGUUUGAGGAUUCGGUGGAUGCAUGGAUUCAGAUAGCUUGUCCCCGUCUUUCAAUUGACUGGGGAGAUGCUUUUGCGAAGCCUCUUCUUACUCCAUUUGAGGCUGAGAUAGCUCUGGGACUAAUCCAUGGUUGGUGGGAGAGAACAAGCUCUGUUAAAUUGAGUUGUAAUGAUUGUGAGGGAUGUGGAUGUAAUGGUGACCAACGUGAUGAAGUAGAGGCUGAAGGGGAGUAUCCUAUGGACUAUUAUGCUCAGGAAGGUGGUGAAUGGAACUCUUCCUACGUAAAGAAGAAAGUGUCUCGCCCAGUCCGGAGAGAUGUUGUCUCCUGUACCAGUGACAAAGCCAUUUCUUUACCUUAGCCUAUUUCAUAUGAGGUAUCUUUCCGGGACUAAGCAAGGCACGUAUUCUUUUACCAAACUCAUUUGUACAAGAUCGGCUCCCUUGGAUUAGUUCAUUCACUAUUGAAGGCUUGUAUUCUUGAAGGAAUACAUGAAUUUUCAUAUUACCUAGCUUCAAAUUGUAUCAGAACAUUUUUAGCUUAGUGCUUUACACGUGCAGCCUGUUCUCUCAGUAUCCAGAAACUUCUUGGAGUUGCAACCGUAUCUUCCUUUACUUAAGUCUUCAGUUGAUGAGGUGAGUCCCUACUAACUUCAUCACAAUGAGAGUCUGGGACCGUAUUGGUAUAUCAAGUUAUUGGUGGGCAAAAUAUCUUAUCUCAGAUCCAUGCAAUCCUGUUUUUCUAUUUAGUAAAAAAUAGAGUAGCUUUCAUUGAUGGAUCAGUUCAACAUCUGGGUGACUCUGAUCUUUUGUUGAAUUCAUUAUUAGAAAGAACAAUAUGUCGGUCUUUGGAUCCUAAAUUCGAUUCUAAAGAAAUUUUGGCAAGCGUGAUAUACUGCAAUUUAACUUCCUUGAUUUUGGAAGAUUUGAAAGAGAAUAUUUCUUAGAGUAAGUGAAGGGGAUUGCUGAAUCUAACUUAAGGCUAGCUCUCAAUUAGCUCAUAUUUUACAAAGUUGAAGACCGGCCAAUUCUCAUGCACAAUGCACCUGUUGGUGGAAUUUAGUCUUUAUCUCAAUACUAUCAGGCUUAAUACGUGUGAUAUCUUUUCUGAUGGGAUGAAACAAGUUCUUUGUGCAGAUGCGAGCUUAGUCCUUCUUGUGGAUCCAAUUCCUCCCAUUUACACACUGUUUUCUCUUGUUGUACAAGAAAACAUUAAUGUGAGUUUAAAGCAGCAAAGGAGAAAGUCAAUGUGCACAAAAUGUGGCAUACCUGAGCACGUGCACAUGAUUGAUCAAAGUUAUUAAUUACACAGUUAUCCUCCUGGUUAGUGGUUACAAGUUCAAAAAAAGGCAAAAUUUUUGAGGAGGUUCCUUUUUCAAGUAGUUGAUUACUUGUCUCAGAAACAGUGAAAGUGUUUUGGUAAAUCUAGCUUCUACUGGCAUGUUUGAUAAGAAAGGUAAGACACAAAUUUGAUGUCAAGUGGUCAUCUAUCAACUACAAAGGUUAACACUACCAUUGCAGCUGAAGGAUAAAAAGAAUCAGGCAAGUACACAGUUUGUAGCGCCUCUUGAUUCUAUAACUGCUCUAGAUAAUAGUUUCGGGCAGGCGCUGCUAGCCUAUUUGUUUCAACAAAGUGAAAUAUAUGUUUCUCUCUUGAUGCGUAUUCUGAAUGUUUUUAGUAUCUUGUCAAGUUCUAAUAGAUUUUUCUUAAGAAUGUUGGUGAAGUGUUGUACUGUUGUUUGCUUUGAAUGUUAUAUUCAUGAAUAUUCUUUUUGUGACUAGUUUCAAGUUCAA